AUGCCCUCUAAUCACGUGACUUGCAUAGAUGACGUAGUUGCGAACUACGAUAACAUCAUAUUUGACUGCGAUGGUGUCAUCUGGCAAGGUGGGCAUCUGAUACCCGGAGUUGACAAGUGUUUGAAGGCUUUAAACGAUGCUGGCAAGGAGAGUGCAUUUAUGACGAAUACGAGCUCGAGGUCCCGAGCGGGCAUGCGAGCAAAGUUCGGCGAAAUGGGAUUGGGUGAACUGUGCUCUGAGAAGAUGAUGUUUCCUUCUUGUUUUUACACAGCGAAGCUUAUCCAGAGACGACACCCUCACGCUAGACGCGGUGAGCCUUUGGGUGAGGAGAGGUUCAGAAUAAUAGCAGAGGAGAUGGCACGAGAACUGAAUUCGAAGAUCGAUGGAAUCGUUGUUGGUUGGGACCUGGCGUUCUCAUUCGAGAAAAUCUGCAGAGCUUCGCUGGCCUUCCAGAUGGCUGGGGAGGAGUUCUUCUUCUACGCAACUAAUGACGAUUCGUUCGACAGGAUGGGGCCUUGGAAGAUCCCUGCUACUGGUGUCAUCUUGGCUUCAAUCAAUGCAGCGGCGAGGUUCAGCGAUCGACAAGAUGCCCAAGUCCUUGGAAAGCCCAAUCCCGAAUUUGUACGUAUAUCUAGUAUCCGCUGCAACCGUUUCUGCAACGCCAUAGCGACUACGUCCGCCAGGCCCAUCAGGUUACCUUUGCUUACGAUAUAG